AUGGCGGCUAAACACGAGGACUUACCAGUACCCAUUUUCACUUCUCUUGAACCCGUUUACGGAACCGGCUCCCAGCUUGAAGAAUCGGAACUUCGAUUCACCCAUUUGAAGUCAAAGUUCAUUGGGUUCUUCACCCACCCUCCCGAUAUCUUCGCCCGAUCUCCAGGGAGGGUGAAUUUGAUAGGGGAGCACAUAGACUAUGAAGGUUACUCAGUAUUGCCAAUGGCUAUCAGGCAAGAUACCAUCAUCGCAAUACGGAGAAACGACACCAAGGUGCUUAAGAUCGCAAAUGUGAAUAGUGACAAGUACUCUUUGUGUACUUACCCUGCUGAUCCCGAACAGGAAAUUGAUUUAAAGAAUCAUAGAUGGGGUCACUAUUUCAUUUGUGGGUACAAAGGCCUCUACGAGUAUGCCAAAUCUAAGGGAAUAGAUGUCGGUGAACCAGUCGGACUUGAUGUUGUUGUUGAUGGCAUUGUUCCAACUGAAAGAAGUUGCUCAAGUUACAUGUGA